AUGUCAGCUACAUUAGCUUCAUUAUCAUCGUUCAACUUACAACAACUUCAAGUGAAAUUUCCUCAAUUACUUACCGAAGCUGAAAGACAAUUACCUGAGGAAAAGAGGAACGAGGUUUUUAGAGCUAAAAUGAUGAAUUUUAUGAGAAAUAGUAGUAACGCUAAGUCACAACCUCAAUCACAACCACAACCUAUGUCUCAACAACCUCCUUCUCAACAGCAAUCACCUAUGCAACAACAACAGCAGCAGCCACAACAGCAACCUCCUGUACAUCAACAACAGCUGUCAACCGUACAGCAGCAGCAACAACAGAGGCAAGGCCAAGUCCUACACCCACAGCAACAAAAUGGUCAAAUUCAGAUAAAUCAGCAGCCUCCUCCGCAACAGCCUCUGCCAAUGCCACUACAACAGCAGCAGCAACAACAACAGAUGCAACAACAACAACAGAUGCAACAACAACAAAUGCAACAACAGCAACAACAGCCACAGAAACCUAGUCCGAUGAUGAACCAACAAAACAUGAUGAAUCCACAACAGCAACAACAACAGGUCCAGGCUCAGGCUCAGCCUCAACAACCCAUGAACAUGCAGAAUCAAGCUUCAUACCAAGAUCAAAUGCGCUCCCAACAGCAUACACAGCAACAACAGCAUCUAGCUAACAUGCUCGAGAAGUCACAAAGAUUACAACAGCAAACUGUGCAAGCUCAAGCUCAAGCUCAACAGCAGAUUCAACAACAGCCUCCUCUUCCUCCUCCACAGCUUCAGACCCCCCAACAACAGCAACAACAGAUAAUGCAACCGAUCUCCCAUCCUACCCCCGCAUCAAUCGCAGCCGCCUCCCCUCAAAAUCACCCCCAUUCAUCUCCCCAAAUGAUUCGCCAGUCUCCCACCACCAACCCCAGCAGGACGGCGACAGGCAUGAAUGGUAUAAAGACUCUAGUUGACAAUUUCCCAAAGUUGUUGGAGUUGAAGAGAACAGGGAAGUUAGGUCCGGAACAAGAGAGAUUGUUUGAUACAUUCAUUGGAAGUCCCGAAGGUCGAAAUCAUCUCGAACGGUUCAACGCACAUCAAGCUCGAACACUCGUAGAAAGCGGUCUUGCGAAUCCUAUCACCCUGCCUCAUGGCGUGCAACAAUCCCAACAGACACCGAUGAUGAACGGUAUGCAACUUCCUCUUGCGACACAACAACAGAUGGCUGCGUUGCAGCAGCAGCAACAGCAGCAGCAGUUUCCGCCUAAUGCCCAAAUUGCUCUUCAAGCUCAAAUACAACAACAAUUUCCUAAUGGCAUUCCACCCGGAGUCCCUCAGCAACAUAUGGGCAAUCAACAACAACAACAACAAAUUCAGCAGAUGCAGCAAAGUCCUCAGUUGAAUCAACAGCAAUUGCAUCAGAUGCAGCUUCAGAGAUUAGCUGCUGCUCAAGCCCAAGCUGCCCAAGUUGCUCAAGCUCAAGUCCAAGCUCAGACUCAAGCGCAAGCUCAAGGUCGAACACCGAUGCAGAAUCUUGCUCAAUUACCUAAUAACGUGAAUUUGACUCAAGCUCAAGUUCUCGCUCGAGCACAAGCUCAAACUCAAAUGCUUCAACAAGGACAAAUGCCAAUGAACGGUCAACUUCUACAAGACUUCCAACAACAAGUCCCACAACAACAACAGCAACCUCCUAAUUUCGGAUCUCAAAGACCACCUGUACCAAAUGUCAUGCAGCAAUUACAGAACAAUAUACAAGCGGCUACAAGUAGGAUGCCACCUGACAAGCAAGGGAAUAUCAGGGCGGUAUUGAUGAGGAUCGCGGCAAUGAAUGAUCAACAAAGAGAGCAGACAUUCGCCAACAAUGCUCCAUACCGACAGUUGUGGAAUCAGGUCGCAGGAUUCUCUCAAGCCGCGGCCGCUCAGCAGAUCCAAGCUAAUCAACAUCAGGCUUUGCAAGCUCAAGCUCAAGUUCAAGCCCAAGCCCAGGCGCAGAUUCAGGCUCAGGCUCAAGCACAAGCACAAGCGCAGGGUUUACCUCUGCCUCAUCAAGGGGUUUCGAGUCCUCAUGUCAAUUCUGGAGCAGGACCUAGUACGCCCAAUACGCAAUCGAGACCUAAUUCGUCUACCCCUAAUUUCUCCCAAACCAAUGUUCCCAAUCUCCACAUACCCGCAAGCAAACAACGCAAUCUUGCUCAAGCCCAGAAUCAAGGCCAAACACCAGUUCAGGUUGCAGCAUCUCCACAGAUGAGACCUCCCGUUCCACAAGCCGCUCAGGUUCAAGGUCAAGCUCAACAGCAACAAGCUCAGAUAGCAGCUGCUCAGGCUGGUAUGAUUCAAAGAAUGAUCCAAUCUGGUAUUCCAGUUGCUCAGGCAGUACAAAACGUUAGAGCACAUCAACAGCAGCAGCAGCAGCAGCAGCAGCAGCAGCAGCAGCAGCAGCAGCAGCAGCAGCAACAACAGCAACAACAACUUGGAAUAGCAAAUGGAGCGCCUAAUAUCCCUAAUGGAGGAGUAUUACAACCACAACUCAAUGGAAUACCUCCCAAUCAAAAUCAGAUCCAUGCAGCAAACAUCACGCCUGGAAUGCUGAUAGCGCAAUUUGAUCGCAACGAUGCGUCGAGACCACCAAUCAGAAUGGAUUCCAUCAGACAAUCAUCAGAUCUAGCUGUACCACAAAUGGAUAAAUCUCAGUCGUUAUUGGCCAAAGCGAAUUAUCAACCUACGCCCGAAAGCGACAUACUGCUUCGUGAAAAGUUGAAUGCAUUCCAACCUACUAUCAAAGCUUCGGGCAGAGGUACAAUGGGAAUUAAUAGAGUUUUAGGUGAAGUCGUGUUCGAGAAGAUCCCAGAAAAUAUAAAAGCUAUAUUGGAUGAAGCCGAAGCUGAAGAUGAGAGUGAUGAAAAAGAAAUGACUGUUAACGAUAGUAUUGGAUUACCUGGAAGCAAGAAAAGAAAAGUUCAGGAGCUAGCUGAAGGUAUAGAUAAAGCUCUCCUGAUUGAUCGUGAUGUGGAAACUCUUGUACUCCAAAUCGCCGAUGAACACAUUGAUCUUGUUUCUCAAGUCAGCUGUAGUUUGGCUAAACAUCGUAAAAGUGAAACAAUUGAUCGUAAAGACGUGCAAUUGGCCUAUGAGAAAGUACAUGGUCGAAGCAUACCUGGAUUCUCAUCUGAUUUGAUACGACUUGAUCAAGCUCGAUCAUCUCGUGUUCGACCUGUAAAUCCACAACGACUCGUCAAGCUGAAAUUGGUUAGUGAAGCCAAAGCAGCAUGGAGAAAAGGCAAAGAGAAGAAGGAUGAAGAGCCUAUAUCAGAAGAGGUCAACGAGGACGCCAAACCGAAUCAAAACGAAUAUGGCAUCCAAAAUGUAGAUCAGGACCAUCCAGACAAUUCAACUAUUGAAGAUGGCGUCGCCAAUGGCGAUGCUUUGAUUGAUGAGCCAAUACGGAAAAGCCUACCGCCAGUGAACAUGAGUGCGGGUGGAAUUGGAACAAUCAAUGGUUUCGGUAAUCCUGAAGGUGUACCUGUAGUGGCCUGA